GUUUACAAGCAAAAGAAUAACGUCAUAAGUGUUCUUUGAAGGGCAGUUAUAACAGAAUGAAGACUCACUUAAAUUUUGAAGGCCACGGUUCACUCCAGUCUCUCCACAAUGACUUUACCAGUUCUUUUGAGGUGGUUUUUGACUCUGUGUUCCUGUCCCGUUGUGAGGUCCUGUCUGCAGUGUGACCAGGUGGUCCGUUAUGUACAUGAAGACUUUCUGUCGACGGUUAAAGGAAUCCGAGUCCGUGAACAGGUCGAGCUAAAGAAAAUUAUCGAUCACGCUUACACCAAUUAUCGCGAGACCAGCAGACUGCUCAGCGGUGUCAUAGAUCCUACAACACUCUAUCGUGCAAGAACAGAAUACCAGAGUGAAUUCAAGAGGCACUGGAAAGAAAACAGGACAAAUUCUCUUCAGUGGGAUUUGAUUACUAUAUUGGAGAAAGGAAAAAGAAUCCUUCAGAAACACUUGGAGAUUUUCAUUGCUGAAGGUCUGUGUCCAAAUAAAUGUGGCCUGUUGUAUCAGAGAGUGAUGAACUGCACUUCCUGUCAGUAUGGGCUGUUUACAUGUCUGUCAGCCAAACCACCACUAGACUGUGGAGAGCAUCAUCUUGAGGCAGAUGAAGGAGAGGAGGUGGUGCUGGAUUGCUUUCUGUCUUGGCACACUCUUGUGGUGGGACAGACUGAGUAUCAUUAUUCCUGGCAUCCUGGAGAAACAAAUCUGUUAUUUGACGGAGAGUAUGAAGAGCUAGUGGUGACAAAGGAGUCUAAAAUCGUCCUCAAUCAGCUGAGUGUCAGUGAGGAAGGCUCAUACCGCUGCCUCCUAAAGGACCAAAAGGGAACUGCACUGUCCCGCACGUUCUUCCAACUAAAAGUCAAACCGUUUCCAUCCACAAGCCCUAGACUGGUUGUGACAUUGCCGUCUUUGCCCUUGGGUUAUGAAAACACACCUUACAGCCUUCAGAAGAGCAGUUUCCUCACUGUACUAAUUUUGCUGACUGUACUCAGCAUCACAGGCAGCUUCAUCAUCAUAAAGUACCUCAGAGAGAGCCUGAAGCAGCAGGAGGAGGAGAGAGAGAGAGACAGCAGGACAGCAGGAGAUAUUGAGCUCAACACUGAGACAGAAUGACGGAUCACAUCCAGACACAUGCAGGAAUAAAGACAGAUGAGUUUCCACUGUCCUAGUA